UGUCGGAGACCGGAUAGCAUGUGCUAUCUUUAAUGAAUGUGCAUUGCAUGUCCACGCGUGCUAAAACUCAAAAAAUAUUUCGUAUCUUCAUACAGACCCGACAGCUUCAGCUGACCUACACUACGUCAGGUACACUUCGGCAUCAACAUUUCCACCCACUGUGAUGGAACGCAGAAACUCUCUGAUGGAGAUUAUAGAAUCAGUUGCCACAAAAGGAAUAUUCCCAUCACUGAUGUUCAAAACAUUUGAAGCUGAAGGCAAGUAUAGGAACCUCACCUCACGUCUGAGAGACUUCAUCUCAAAGGCCGGUAGAGCAGUUGUUGGCAGAUCUAUGGCUGCAAUAUGCAACUUGAAGAACUGUGACGCCCGUCCCGAGACGGUGAUUUGUGACUCUCUGUUGAUAUCGAAAUCCAUUCCCCCAACACUGCUCACCUUCGUAGAGGACAGCGAAGACAUUGAUGGAAGUAUCUCAGCCUCUAACAUCGAGGGCACAGAUGACUUAGAUGCAGAAAGACAAUACAACAAAUCCAUAGCCAAGGCAAUGACGUAUGCACGUUAUUUCACGGAUGAACCAUUUGAUGUGAUCUACGGAGUUAUCAGGCCCGAAGAUACUAAGACAACCAAAGUAUUUAACAGGAGAUUGUCAACAUUGAAAGAAGAGACAUCAGCAUAUAGUAUUGGUAGUAAUCUGUUGAUGUCUGAAGAAAGAUGUUUAAAAAUCCACAAAGCCUUCAUCAUGAUGUCUGCUCUAUCUGACCACCGGUCAUUGGUAACUGUUGAUGAGAAUACUGGCAGGGCGUCCCACUAUGUCAUGACUGUGGACAUGCACCGUAAGCUAAUGCUUUACACAGAUUCCAUUUUCAGCGGGAUAAAUGAAUCACACAGCGGUGAGACUCUGAUUUCACUGUUGAAUGAACGAAUCUCUAAAAUAGGAAAACGGGUGGUGGACAGGGUGAAAAGUGAAACGGGUACGGCAGAUGAUGUAAACACUAACGAUGAAUAUGUUUUUAAAGAUCUACAGUCGGAACGUGACAAAGCAUCACUGGUCAACAUCUUUGUCCCCAGUAUCACUGGUCAGUGUCUCUGUCCGUAUUAUCACCGACACAUCCUGUUCGCCCCCAGCAGUGUCAACAGCUAUGCAGGGCCGUCAUUCCUUGGUCUCACCGAUCUGCUCUUUGAGAUUAACAAAUCAGCGGAUCCGGCGAAACAAUGGGAGAGAGUCAAACAACACUUCUCGGUCAUAUUGUUCACCAUCCAGUCAGCUGCCGCGACUCUCAGAGACCUAGCCCACUUCCUUUGA